AAAAGUUAUUGAACUUGCCUUUACUUGCUUGAAACCUGCGGUAUCAAGAAAAAGCCGGCACCACCCGUUCUACCAUCGAAAACAUUAAAACCAUUAGGCUAAAUACGCGAUUCCAGAACGUUAUAAAAGAAAAGUCUAAAAACAAACAAACAAAUAUGUUAUGACUCUGGGGUCCGAUGGUUAUGUUUGAAGAAUCAGCUGUAUUCCAUGUCGAGGCGGAAUUUAAAUGAAUCUCCUUUGACCCGUAACAAAACGAGACUUCACGUCUAAAACCGCAAUGUGGCAGACACAGAACAUGAAGAUGAGCGGCGUGGAUGACAUGGUGCUGCUCACUAAGAUCCAUGAGGAUGUUGUCAGGGACAACCUGAGGAAGAGAUACAUGGACGACUACAUCUUUACCUACAUAGGCUCCGUGCUGAUAUCAGUCAAUCCUUUCAAACAGCUGCCGUAUUUCACUGAUCAUGAGGUGGAGCUGUACCAAGGGGCGGCUCAGUAUGAGAACCCUCCCCAUAUCUACGCCCUUGCAGACAACAUGUAUCGCAACAUGGUGAUCGACGUGGAGAACCAGUGUGUCAUCAUCAGUGGUGAGAGUGGAGCAGGAAAGACUGUGUCCGCCAAGUACAUCAUGAGCUACAUCUCCAAGGUAUCCGGCGGAGGACCAAAAGUGCAGCAAGUAAAAGAUACGAUCCUGCAGUCAAACCCCUUGUUGGAGGCCUUUGGAAAUGCUAAGACAGUCCGCAACAACAACUCCAGUCGCUUUGGGAAGUAUUUUGAGAUCCAGUUCAGUCGAGCAGGAGAACCCGAUGGUGGAAAGAUUUCUAACUUUCUGCUGGAAAAGUCCAGAGUUGUAUCGCAGAACCAAGGAGAGAGGAACUUCCACAUAUAUUACCAGCUGUUGGAGGGAGCCAGCAAGGAGCAGAGAGAGUACCUGGGAGUCACCAGCCCUGAUUACUACUUUUACCUGAGCCAGUUUGGAACCUACACAGUGGAUGAUGUCAAUGACAAGAAGGAGUUCUUAAACACGAUGCUUAAAGCCAAUUGCCCCCCGGAGGCACUAGCCAAUUCAAAGCUGGACAGCGAGGACUUCUUGGCGUUCCCGGCCUACCUGUUGGGCAUCUCCCAGAGCGGCCUGAAGGAGAAGCUGACCAGCCGCACCAUGGACAGCAAGUGGGGCGGCAAGCUUGAGAGCAUCCUGGUCACCCUCAACGCAGAGCAGGCCGCCUUCACGCGGGACGCCCUCUCCAAGGCUCUGCACGCCCGCCUCUUCGACUACCUCGUGGACGCCAUUAACAGAGCUGUGCAGAAGGAUUACGAGGAGCUCAAUAUUGGCGUGCUGGACAUCUACGGCUUUGAAAUCUUCCAGAAAAACGGCUUCGAGCAGUUCUGCAUCAACUUUGUCAAUGAGAAGCUUCAGCAGAUCUUCAUCGAGCUGACACUCAAAGCUGAACAGGAGGAGUAUGUCCAAGAGGGCAUCAAGUGGACCCCCAUUGAGUACUUCAACAACAAAGUGGUUUGUGACCUCAUUGAGUCCAAAGUGAAUCCCCCGGGAAUCAUGAGCAUUCUGGAUGACGUUUGUGCCACCACGCACGCCAAGGGCGAGGGAUCUGACCAGAUGCUGCUGCAGAAGCUGCAGAUACAGAUCGGCGCCCACGACCACUUCAACAGCUGGAACAAAGGCUUCAUGCUGCACCACUAUGCUGGCAAGGUGCUUUACGACACCAGCGGCUUCUGCGAGAGGAACAGGGACGUGCUGUUCAGCGACAUCAUCGAGCUGAUGCAGAGCAGUGAAUUUUCUUUCAUCGGAGACCUAUUUCCCGAGAACCUGGUUGUUGAAAAGAAGGGCCGGCCCUCCACCGCCAGCAACAAGAUCAAAAAACAAGCCAACCACCUGGUGCAGAAGCUGAUGAGAUGCUGCCCCCACUAUGUGCGCUGCAUCAAGCCCAACGAGACCAAGCGGCCACGCGACUGGGAGGAAGCCCGGGUCCACCACCAGGUGGAGUACCUGGGCCUCUGCGAGAACAUCCGCGUGCGCCGGGCCGGAUACGCCUACCGCCGGACAUUUGGGAAGUUCCUGCAAAGGUACGCUAUUCUGACGAAGGAAACCUGGCCAAAAUGGCACGGGGAACAAAGGAAGGGGGUUCUGCAUGUACUGCGCUCCGUCAACAUGGAGCAGGACCAGUACCAGCUGGGCCAGAGCAAAGUGUUCAUCAAGGCGCCUGAAUCAUUGUUCUUGCUGGAGGAGAUGAGGGAAAGGAGAUACGAUGGCUAUGCUCGGGUCAUCCAGAAAGCUUGGCGCAAGCACAACGCUGUCCGCAAAUGUGUCCGUCUGAGGAACGAAGCCUCGGAUAUCCUGCUGAACAAGAAGGAGAGGCGACGGAACAGCAUCAACCGCAACUUUGCCGGCGACUACAUUGGCACCGACAGCCGGCCUGAGAUCCGGCAAUUCGUGGGACGCAGUGAGAGGAUCGAUUUCGCAGACGUGGUGGUCAAGUACGACCGAAGGUUCAGGUCAGUGAAGCGCGACCUCAUCUUGACCCAAAGAUUCCUUUACGUGAUUGGACGAGAGAAGCUGAAGCAGGGUCCAGAGAAGGGCCAGAUCCGGGAGGUUCUGAAGCGGAAGAUACAAGUGGAGAAGGUCCAGUCCAUUGCCCUCAGCACUCUCCAGGAUGAUUUCUUCAUCCUGCACGAGGACGAAUACGACAGCAUGCUGCAGUGCAUCUUCAAGACGGAGUUCCUGGGCCUCUUGUGUAAGCGAUACGAGGAGAAGACCCACAGGAAGCUGCCACUGAUGUUCCACAACCAGCUUGAAUUUAAAGUGAAAAAAUCUGGCUGGGGUCCGUUUGGGGGGGUUGGUAUAAGGCAGAUCCAGUUCAAAGUGGGCCAUGGAGACCAAGCUGUCCUGAAAACAAGCAGCAAGCUCCUCACUGUCACCAUUGGACCAGGACUUCCCAAGAACUCCAGACCCACCCGCCUGGACAACAGGAAGAGCCUCCAUUUGGGAAUGCAGCCGCCAGGCCUGGGCUGCCUGUCACAAGGAGCCCCCAGGAAUGGCGGAAGGGGUCAGUCAGUACCUCAGCAAGGCCCCAAGUCCUCGGCCAGGAGAUCCCUGCUGUGCCAGCAGAGCAGCAUGGAUCAGCCCAGUCUACCCAAGCACCGUGGGCCACAUCCAGGCAAGGCCCAGAGCCAGGCACAAGCAGACAUGGACUUCCUGAGCGUCCCUGAGCAAGGGUUUGCUGGCCUGUGCCGACGAUCCACGGUGCAGAAGCCUGUGACAGGAGUGACACAGGCUAAGUCGACACCAAAGGCCAAGCCGCCCGCCCUGCGCUGCCGGGCCCUGUGGGCCUUUGAGGCCCAGGACACGGACGAGCUCAGCUUCAGUGUGGCCGACGUCAUUGACCUCCUUGCUGAAGAUCCUUCUGGCUGGUGGUUUGGCCAUCUAAGGGGCAAAGAAGGCUUGUUUCCUGGGAACUAUGUGGCAAAGAUAUAGAGCCAGAGGUGCGGCGGAUGCUUGUGAUGUGUUUAAAGUGGAACUCUUAGUGGCUGCCUGUCGCUGUGAGGUGGUGAAACGGCCGUUGAUCUCCCAGUUUUUUUUUUUUUUGUGAAAAAUAAUGCCGCUGAAGUAUAAUUGUGGUUUUUGUAUUUUGAACUUUUCUAACUAUUGUUAAACUUUAAAAAUCAAAAUAAACACAGAAACUGACAAAGUGUCAUUGUUUUGCCUUUUCUUGCUCAUUUAAACUAACAUGCAUCUUAGACAAAAACACAACUGGGCAGUAUAAUUUAUAUUUUUAUUAAGGUGUGUUACAAAUGAAAUGCAAAGCAACGUGUGAUGUUAAGACAUUUACACCCAAGGAGGUCCAGUUAAGAGGGAACUCCCUGCUUUGUCUGCUAAAACACCCUGCUGUCAAUGACACAUUUUAAAGAACUGAGUGCUGGCUUCCCACAAAUUAAAAAAUUAUUUCUAAA